AUGCCGGGCUCGCGCGUGACGCCGCUGGAAGCGGACUAUCCGUUUGAGAUCAUCGCCCACUGGGUCCCUGUGGUCCCGUUCCGCGAAUAUCCACACGCCAUCAUCGACGAACAGCAGGGCCUGGGUUUGUCCGUGAAACAGUAUGUCCCUCGACACUCACGCCCUUCAGGGGCCAGCGGAGAACCUCUGACGAUUGUGGCCGCCGGGGGCCUCGGCUUCAUCAAAGAGCUGUAUGAGCCCUUGUUUGCGGCGCUCCUGUCGCGGGCCGACCAGGCCGGUGUCGCGAUCCGGGCCAUCUGGAUAGCGGAUAUGUUCAAUGUAGGACAGAGCGCGGUGGCCAAUCGAGCCAAUCUUGGCUGUGAUCCGUCCUGGCUGGAUCACAGUCGCGAUCUCUGGAGUCUUAUCCACCAUUUUCGCGCUGACAUGCCUAAGCCGCUCGUCGGCCUGGGCCACUCCAUGGGCUGUACGCAGCUCGUGGCGCUCUCCGCCUGGCAUCCCACGCUGUUUCACUCCCUGGCCUUCAUCGAGCCCGGGCUCGAUGUCCAGUACGGGCGCGGCAUCACCGUGCCCUGGAGCAUCUCCACGCUGAAACAGGGCGAUUGCUGGGCAUCGCGCGCCGAGGCCGAGACUGGCGCGGUCCGCCUCGCCGGUGCCCAACGAUGGGAUCCACGCGUGCGCACCCGGCUCACCCACUACGGCAUCUACGAGAUCCCUCCCGCUCAGGCACAGGGUGCGCCGUGGGCGCUGACCAACCCGAAAGACCAGAUUGCGGCAUUGGCCAGCCGUCUUAACAAGGACCGCAUCGGACUCGGCCCGGGAGGCCUCGAGACCGUCACGCUUGAGCAACGGCAGACGAUUCCCGAUAGCGACCCGGACGGCAAUGUGAACGGACAGUUCUAUCGCCACGAGCUAAAAACAACGUGGGAUAUGCUACCGAAGGUUCGGCCGUGGGUGCUCUAUAUCAACGGGGGCAAGUCGCCCUUCUUUGGCCAUCCCGGCACGCGCGAACAGCGGUUACACUUGACCGGCACAGGGCCUGGGGGCAACGGCGGAGUGCGACUGGGCGCCGUGACCCAGCGCCUGCUCGAGGACGGCGAGCACACGAUGGUCUUUGACAAGAAUAUGGCGACGGUGGCCGAAUAUGUCGCCGUCUGGCUGGCCGACGAGUCGGCCCGCUGGAUGCGGGGCCCCAAGACGGCGCGAGAGACCUGGCAAGCCAGGCCGAUGGACGAGAAACAAACCGUGGGCCCGGACUAUAUGGCGGCCUUGGCGAGUCAGAUCAAGGACUGGAAGCGACCCAGCAAGAUGUAG